AUGCAGAGUACUCUAAAGAAGCUGAAGCGUAAAGAAGAAAUUACAUUUGGAAAUGUACUUUCCAUGAAGAAAAAAACUUCUGAAUGCUCUGCAGUAUGUCUGGAAAGUCUCAAUGAAGAUAAAGCAGGAAGCACUUCAGUAAUGAAUGAAAAUGUAGACAACAAAUCCUAUGUCUCUGAGUUUCUGCUCCUUGAAUUCUCAGCAAUCCGGGAACUGCAGAUUCUACACUUUCUUCUCUUCCUGGGAUUGUACCUGAUGAUUGUAUCAGGGAAUCUUCUCAUCAUCUCUGCAGUAGCCAUUGAUCAUCACCUUCACACUCCCAUGUACUUCUUUCUGAUGAACUUGGCCAUCCAGGACAUAGGCACUGCUUCAGUAUUUAUUCUCAAAUCCAUGGUCAAUUCCCUGAUGAAUACUAGGCACAUUUCCUAUGCUGGAUGUGUGGUCCAGGUUUUUGCAUACGUCUUCUUUGCAGGCUCUGAUUUCUUUCUCCUCACAGUCAUGGCAUAUGAUCGGUAUGUUGCCAUUUGCAAUCCAUUGCAAUAUGAAAUGGUGAUGAACAGGACAGCAUGCAUUCAAAGGGUUGCUGCUGUGUGGGUUGCUGGCUUUCUUUAUGCAGUGCUGCACACUGGUGGAACUUUCACAACUCCUUUCUGCUCAAAUGUUAUCAAUCAGUUUUUCUGUGAGAUCCCCCAGUUACUUACACUUGCCUGCUCUAACUUAUACCUAGAAACUGGGGUUGUUGUGAUGAGUGUUAUACUUGUGUUUAGCUGCUUUGUGUACAUUGUUGUCACUUAUGUCCACAUCUUCAGUGCUGUUCUGAAAAUCCCUUCCAUUCAAGCAAGGAAAAAGGCCUUCUCUACUUGCCUACCCCACCUCAUUGUCUUCUCCAUUCUUUGCUUCACUGCAUCUUUUGCUUACCUCAGGCCUCCCUCUAACACUCCAUCUCAUCUGGACUUUGUAUUAACUGUGAUGUAUACUAUUGUUCCUCCCAUGUUCAAUCCAAUAAUCUACAGCAUGAGAAACAAAGAUAUCAAAAAUGCUUUGUCAAAAUUGUUGGGUUUGAGGCACUCUUCUGGGUCAUUUGCAACAUCCACAGCGCGACUGGAUGCUCUGGAGACUCCCACUGACACAAGCCAGAUAGUGAGCGAAGGGCCAGCUGCUACUUUAACAGCAGCAGCAGCAGCAGGGACUAUAUCACCUGCAGCUAGCGACAGCCAGGCUCCAUGCGCUCCUGGGCCACUGACGGGUGCAGGGACAAUGGCCACAGACAUGGGUGCAAGAAGGUCUAGUCAAGGAUCUGACCUUUCUGGAAUUCUUCCCAAUAGUUGUGGCAGUCCAUUUGUGGGCUGGGGAGUUGAAGAACUCUACCGUCCACUUUUGGUGCGAUAA